UUCUCUUUAUCUCUUCCUUAUCAAGAAGAAGAAGAAGAAGAAAGAUAAAGAGACAGGAAGAGAGAGAAAUGGGGAGAGGAAAGAUAGAGAUAAAAAGGAUAGAAAACUCAAGCAACAGGCAAGUAACUUACUCAAAGAGGAGGAAUGGGAUCAUGAAGAAAGCUAAAGAGAUCACUGUUCUUUGUGAUGCUCAGGUCUCUCUUGUCAUCUUUGCCAGCUCUGGGAAGAUGCAUGAGUACUGUAGCCCUUCCACUACGUUGGUUGACAUCUUGGAUAAGUAUCACAAGCAGUCUGGGGAGAGGUUGUGGGAUGCUAAGCAUGAGAAUCUCAGCAUCGAACUUGAUAGAAUCAAGAAAGAGAAUGAUAGCAUGCAGAUUGAGCUGAGGCACCUGAAAGGAGAAGACAUAACAUCUUUGCACCACAAAGAGCUCAUGGCCAUAGAGGAAGCCCUCGAAAAUGGGCUAGGGAGUGUUCGCGAGAAACAGAUGGAGUACAUUGACAUGAUGGAGAAAAAUAAAAAGAUGUUGGAGGAGGAGAACAAGCACCUCAAUUUUAUGUUGCAUCAGCAAGAGAUGAACAUGGAGAGCAGCAGAGAGAUGGAAAAUGGAUAUCAUCAGCGAGUGCGAGAUUUCCAGUCCCAGAUGCCUUUUGCCUUCCGCGUGCAGCCAAUUCAGCCAAAUUUGCAAGAGAGAAUUUAGAAUUUGCUGGUAUUAAAUUUGAACUCUAAAACUUAAUGGGUUAAUUUGGUUGCUUAAACAUAAACUUUUUAUCUAGAGUUUGUCAUAUGGGAAAGCCUUAAACUUCUUAAGCAACUAGUAGUAAAACUUGUAAUAAAGUACAAACUAUAAGUACAACAAUUACUGUGUGCGAGUGUGAAUGCUUAGCCGUGGCCUUCAUUAUUGUCUAGAAAAUAAAGGAUCAACAUUUCUUGGUAUCAAUUUACUAAUUAUUGGACUG